ACGAGGAAGUAACAACCGGCACAUCAACACGGACAGCUGAGCCGGUAAGAGAGCAACUUUUAGUUGAAAUAUUUACACGCCACAAGCUGUCGACAUUGUUCACAUUCAUGGCGGAGCUUCGUGAAAAUAACAGCGGAGAAAAUGAAGAAGCUGACGGGACAAAGAGCAGAGAGGUCCCGGAGGUUCUGUGUGAAACAGGUGACCCCGCGGUGACAGGACCUCGGGGACUCUGGUCAAAUCACGAGCGGAGGAAAAAGUUAGUCCUGCAUGUGGACCUCAACAACACCAUCCUGGUGUCUGACGCCGUGACGUCUCAGGGGACUGUGGCUGCUCUGGACUACUUCCUCUCUACUGUGACUUGGGGGAAAAUGAACAAACAAGGAAAGUGGGAGUGGCUGAGUGACUCCGCCUCUCUGCUCCCACCAUGCGAUGAUGCUGUUAGUUACUACUCUCAGUUUGGAAGGACACUGGGUUUCACCUCUGCUGCGGGCCGAUGUUUCCGCGGGGUUCUGGAUCAGCAUCUGGAUCUGCUUCGCUGGCCAGAGGGUGUCAAGGGAGACAAAGACAUGUCUGUGAAAGGAGAGGACGGUCGCCUGUACCACUGGAUCUUGCCCUCCUUCUUCCAGCUCUUUAAAGACCUGGUGCAGGAUGGGCGGGACUUUGCCAUCAUCUUUCGUACGUUUGGAACCGAUCUACCUCGUGUGCUGAAUGCUGUGUCCAGAGCGCUGAAUGAAGGAGUGCAUCCACUGUUCCCAGAUCUGCCUGAACUCAAGCUUAAUGUGAACUUGACUCCAGGCAAGAUCCGCUGCAGUAAGAGAGCGAUCGUCCUGAGCCGAGCUGAGGACCGCGUGUCAUCUUGUGAUGGAGAGAGAGGCCUGUAUGAGUACCUCAGCUCAGUCCAGGGCCUGGGAGGCUUCCAGGACCACUUUGACUGGUGGGCUAGUAACAGGUUCUCCAUCCGUGGAGGGAAGCCUUUGUGGGUCGACCCUUUUGACCAAAACGUCCAGCACAUCUUUAUAGACGACAAUAUUCGACAGAAUGAUGAAGACACUAUAGUUCAGCCAAAGGUGUUUUUGGACCCAGGUAGUGUUGAGACUCGCACAGCCUGCACCUCUGAGCUUUAUGACAUCACGCUGGUCCAGACCGACCUCCUGAGGGCCAUUUCCGACCCGAGCUACUUCACCCAGCGUGUCAACAUCUGCCUGGAAAACUAUGACAGGAACCUCCAGCAGGGGGCGGGCUAGAACUUUGAUCGACCCCUUUUCUCAUGUAUGUCUGUUGGUCUCCGAGACAACCUGCAGUUUAGGGUUCCAUAAACACAGAGCGUACAAUCCACGCAGACACAGUAGACUCUAGUUCAGACUGUUAGAAGAAAGACUGACAAGGUGUUGAAGGAAGAGUGUUCAGAAAACUAUAAAUCAGAAGAAGUGUACUUAAGGACGAAGGUUACCUGAAAGGGAAAUGAAGGAACUAUUUCAAAAUAACAGAUUAAAAAAAAAAACUUUGUUCAUGGAACUCAGACUUGUAAUGCCCUCUUUGCGAUGAACGCCUGUUCUUGCAAUUUGUAAAUUGGGUUAAGAUCAAAAGUUAGCUAACAUUUGGUUGAGGGGGUACGAUUACACGUAGUGGGACAUGACUCCCUGGCAGAAAGCUCAGAAGAAAACCAGAACUAAAGUUAUUAUUUUUAAUUCAGCCAUCAUGACAUAAAAGAAAAGAUGUAACAGGAAGUUUAUUUAUUUAUGGUUUAUUUGAUAGGACAGAUUCAGUAUACAUACACAAACUGACAGCAAUCCAGUAGCAUAGUGCUUAUAGCGUGUGCUAAUUUGCAGCACUGAAAAUAGAAGAUUAAAACAGUUAAAAAGGAAAAAGAACAAUAAAUUGGGCACUGUAGGGUCCAAUAGGACACACAUUUAGCUUUGAUAUAGCUACAAACAAUUAGAUGUGAGUACAAGUCUGUUGCUGAACUUACCAGGAUUUGGUGUCUCUCUUAAAAGCGGUAAAGUUUGCAGUAAGCUUCAAGUAAUCAGGCAGCGAGUUCCAAGAUUUUUUGCUCCUUUCACAGAAAAAGCUGUUUGAGCAAAGGACGUUUUGAAUAAAUAAAACUUCACAGUAGCCACAUGAAGCUGCUCUGCUGCAGCCAUGUAGUCUCUGUGUGAAUUUGCAGAAAGGCUCGAGUCAAUCUCAGACUGACUUUUCUAGAGAGAGUAAACUGCACUCCAUCACUGAAGGAUUUUAAAACCAACUUAGAGGCUUGUUUAAUGUUGCUUUACCAAAAACCUAGAUAAGGAUAUAAUACAACUACGCAAGAUAAAAUAUUCUAAACAAAUUUCAGGUCAAACUAAAAGCAUUUGAGUGAGAAGGUGUGGCAGCUCAUACUUGAUCUACUCCAGCACAGAAGUCAGUAAAAUUUCCCUCGGGAUCAAUAAAGUAUCUAUCUAUCUAAACAUGUCAGGUUACACAAAAAGCACUUUAGAAAUACACUGUAUAGUCGGCUGUCCUUACAUGAUCCACCACAUGAAGAGUUUUUGGACUUAAUUAAGCUGCAAAGCGGCUGCGCAGACUCCUUUGAUGAAGGGCUCUGUGGCUAAUUGUCCUGCCACUGAUUAAUCGCCCUAACUCUGAAAUCUGUGUCAGACAGUAUAAUUGGGGUCUGGCAUGGUGCAAAAACUCUCAAGCAUUGAGGUAGUUGUAUACUGCAUAACUGCAUCAGAUGAUCAGCUCUUCAUCUGUCUUCCUCACGAUGAUACACUGUCAAGUAGCUUCAUGUUUGAUCGUUAAGAGCCUUUAUUUUCAUAUCCACUUGAGGCGAUUGUCUGUAGUGUUUACAUCCAGCCAGGACAGAAAGGUAAUACUUGAAUAUUUUGACAGUUUAGUGAAUGAUAAACACAUUAUUAGGGUUUUUCACACUUGCAGAAAACUCCUGAUAAACUCCUGAUAUUUACCGGAGGAGCUGUAUGUGUGAACUCAAACAGCCAGAUUUUGGUUGUUGGUGUUGGGAUACCGUUAAACUAAACGUAGCAUUGAUGUAAAGGUAAAUACUCUCAUUAUAGCGUCGUUUAGCGGACUCUGUUGCUUCCUCCGUUACUUCCGCGUCUUUUUUAUACUUGACGUCUUACCUCAUGAGACCCCCCGCCACCCCCGCCCGUCUGGCAGAGAUAGCCUCCUGCUGUGAGGAGCAUAUUUGAACAGCCAGUCAGAAGGACUUCAGGAUGAUGUGACAGUAUUUUUUAGUGAGAAUCAUUAGACAUGGUAUUAGAUUCAAAAGUCUCAAUAUUGAAUUCAUAAGCACACAUGUAAUUUCCUAAAAUGUUAAGGUACGUUCAGACAUCAUUAUCCAUGAAGCUGAUGUUAGCGCAGUCUUGUUAUACAAAGUAAUAUUCUCUCUCAGCACAUAGUUAUAGUGGAUACAGCUGUGGGAUGCUAUGAAAAAUGUACUUCAGUUUUUAUUAUUCAAAAGGACACUUUUGUGAAACUUUUGCUAAGAAGAUUUUGUGUGGAAGUUGUGCUUCUUUUAAGUUAAGGGUUUUUAGGAUAUUUAUUUAUUUUUAAUGUUCAGGGGGUCUUCUUUUUUUCUCAGGUCAAACUUAGAGAGACUGACUGCUGAAAGCAAACAGUGAAAACACUUUAAAGGUCACAUAUUCUCAUCCUUUUUAACAAGUUUCAAUAAGUCUCAGCGCUCCACAA